UGUUAUCACAGUGAGUAUUGGGAAUGCGCCACUCGACGGUUGUACUAAGCCUCGCUCUCUCGUGUCAGGUUUUAGACAGUUUGGAAACUACCGCACGACGAUGUGGGACUUCGGAGUUACAACAGUUGCCUUAUUUCUGGUCGUGGUACUGGUAGUGUUAUGGCUGUCAACGCGGCGAGCACCUGGACUUCCACCCGGCCCCCCCUCUCUUCCGUUCGUGGGGAACGCCCUGUCCAUGGACUCUGAUCCCCGGGUCUUGUUCAAGAACCUCCGACAGAAAUAUGGCGAUAUUUUCAGUCUGUAUGUUUUCCACAAGCCUCUCAUCGUCCUCAACGGCUACGACGUUCUCAAAGAAGCCAUGGUCAAGAACGCCGACGUCUUCUCCGACAGACCGCACUCUUCAUUAAUGGACUUUGUAACAAAGGGAAAAGGAGUAAUCGGAACCUCCGGGGACUUGUGGCAUGAACAGAGACGAUUUGCUCUCAAUGCUCUGCGAGAGUUUGGAGUGGGAAGAACCAUCAUGGAGGACAAAAUACACGAGGAAAUUGCACAGUUUCUGUUGGCUCUGGAGGAACAGAAAGGACAGGGUUUCAAUAUACAACGUCUUGUGCAGAAUGCCGUAUCAAAUAUCAUCUGUUCUACUGUAUUUGGCAAACGCUUUGAAUAUACCGACCCUCUCUUUGUCAGAUUUCUGGAAUCUCUGGAUGAGAAUUUUCAAAAUACCAAAGCAACUGGAGUAUUGAACGUUUUUCCUGUUGUGCGAUUUCUGCCUGGAGAUCCGUUUAAGUUCACGAAAACAAUGGACAAUAUCAAUUUAGUGCACAAUCUGCUGAUUCAACCUUCAAUUAAGGGCCACUUAAACGAUCACAAUGAAGAAAAUCGAGACGACUUCAUCCAUGUGUACUUGACCGAAAUGCGACGUCGCCAACAGACACAAGAAACAACAACGUUAGACUUGGGGAAUCUGGCUCGGGUUAUUGCUGAUCUGUUCACUGCGGGUACAGAGACAACGUCCACCACAAUACGUUGGGCGCUAGUCUACUUCCUGAACUACCCGGAUGUACAAGAGAGGUGCUUCCAGGAGAUUCUGGAAAACGUGGGUCAGAGCAGACGACCAUCCAUGAAGGACAAGACGAACCUUCCUUACGUGGAGGCUACCAUCUUGGAAGCACUGAGGUACGCUGACAUUGUCCCUACGGCAGUCCCCCACGCAGUUCCACAAGAUGUACAGUUCAGGGGAUACACCUUCCCGAAAGGCGUUACAGUCAUGUUGAACCUUGAUUCAGUUCUCCAAGACCCGGAUGUAUGGGGAGACCCGCAAAACUUUCGGCCGGACCGUUUCCUCGAUGGCGCAGGCAAGAUUCAGAAGAGGGAGGAAUUUAUCCCCUUUUCUUUGGGACGAAGGGUUUGCCUGGGGGAGGCAAUGGCCCGGAUGGAGCUCUUCCUCUUCCUCACCACCAUGAUUCAGAGGUUCAAGUUCGUCCCAGUGAACGGGAAAAAGCCUCCAAUGGAUGGAAUAAUGGGCUUCACGCAUUCGCCAAGUGAAUUCCAAGUAAAAGCUAUUCCCCGAAAUUAAUACUGUUUAGAUCAGCACCACGUCAACAAGGACACAAAGCAUAGACCCUGUGAGUGUUGCAACGUUGUGAAACAAAAGGAACAAGACUUCGGAUACAUCAGCAUGACACCAGACUCUUUGUCAAGUUAUUGGUUAAUAAUAUAAAUAUAGCAACAAGCAGCGA